CACUUCUCGGCUGCCUGGGUAGGUCGGUGCGUGGCUGCUUUCACACUUGGAAUACUAACCGUUGACUCCUUCACAGGCUGCCUUCUCUGCACCUGCUGUCGCCUGGCAAGACGAAGAGCUGAGAGCCUGGACUCCUACGCUCCACGCACGCAGAGCAUUGUUUGGCCCUCUAUGCCCACCGAGACGGCCCGUGUGCUGGAGUUGACCUUUCUGCACACUCCCGAUGCCGUGGACUGCAUCUGCCGCGGAUGCAGCAGGGCGCGGAAGGAGCGUUGCCUGGAGGACUGUCUGAAUGGAACUGAAUCUGUUUUUGCCCAUUUAAUUGAUCGAUUCGUCAAUUUGAGAGAUGUCAUAUUGAAUUCAAAUAUUUCAGGAGAUGACUGGUUUAAUGGGACGCACUUGUUAGAGGACGUUGAUAAUACAACAACUAAGUCAAAUGGAUAUGCAAUCAUCAGAAACACUAAGGAAGCAAAUAUUUAUUAUGUGCCGUUGGAUCCAUUGAGGCGAGUGGCUUUUGUGGCCCUAUUGCUGCACAUUUUGAUCGUCGGUGGAGGUCUUAUCAUCUACAGUGUCGUCUGCUGCAAAUCACGCACGGAUAGAAAACGAUUGUUGGAGCUCAAGCGACGUCUACAGAGUCCACCCACACUGCAGCAUAUACCAAAUUCACCGAAUUGUCCGUGCCAUGGCUGUCGCGUGGCGAGGCAAAUACUAAGUGGACUGAUAGUACAGCAAAUAAUUAAUGAGCGCGCCGAACGCGAGUGAUCUAAAUACAAAUAGUGUAUAUUAGCCAGGCACCACCUUGUAAUGAAUAAAUGUAUUAAUGAAUGAGCACCCUUGUGCUGUUGUUGUUGGAAGAGUUAAGUCGAUUGCCAAUUUUGUAUAAUACAAUUGAAAAUAUAUUGGAUUAAUUAAUUACGCAUUAAAAAAUACCAAAUGGUUGCAAAAAUACC